UUGACACGUUUGCGUCUGAGAUCGGGGAGCUGAAGCGAGAGAUGGUGCAGACCCCUCUAACGUUUGACAAAGAGCCCAUGGAUUUACAGGGGCUGGAGGCUGAAGUGUGCGGUGUUUACCUGCAGUCCCCCAGCUGUGCCGCUCUGGGGGGUGAAAGGGAUUCUGGGUACGACUCGCUGCGCAGGAGGAUGAGCGUGUUGGAGCGACUGACUCAGACCCACCCGGUGUGGCUGCUGCUGGCCGUCAGUGAGGAGGAGGCCACUCGCAUUCUGCUCACACAGCCCCCGGGGGUGUUCCUGGUGAGGAAGUCGGCAGCUUUACAGAGGAAGAUUCUGUCUGUGCGUCUGAAGGAGGAUCAGAGCGGAACUCCCAUCAGCCACCUCCCUGUCAGAGAGAGCCAGUACACCUUUUCUCUUGAGGAAUCUGGGAUCAGCUUUGCGGAUCUGUUUCGCCUCGUGGCUUUCUACUGUAUAAGCAGAAUGAUUGACUUUGUAUCUUCUACAGACCAGGUGCUAGAGAAGGCCAUGCACAAGUGUGUCCUGAAGCCUCUGAAGAGUGUGAUCGAGGUGGCUUUACAUGACUUCCAGGUGAAAAGUGGAGCUUUGCAGCAGCUAAAGGAGAACCUGGCCCUGGCUAAUGCCAAGAGGCCCCAGGAGUUAGGGGUGGAUGGAGCUGUGCCUCCUGACCCCUUGGCUAUUGAGAAGAUCCGUCACAAGUUCCUAAACAUGAGGAAGAUGUACUCCCCUGAGAAAAAGGUGUCAUUGCUGCUGCGUGUGUGCAAACUCAUCUACACCAUAAUGCAGGAUAACUCAGGGAGGAUGUAUGGUGCCGAUGACUUCCUGCCCAUGCUGACCUAUGUGGUGGCUCAGUGUGACAUGCCUCAGCUUGACACAGAGAUCCAAUACAUGAUGGAGCUGCUGGACCCAUCUCUGCUUCAAGGAGAGGGGGGCUACUACCUGACCAGUGCGUACGGAGCCAUGGCCCUCAUCAAGAACUUCCAGGAGGAGCAGGCCGCCCGGGUGCUGAGCUCCGAGGCCAGGAACACGCUGCACCAUUGGCACAGGCGGCGCACCACCCCCCGCUCAGCACCCACUGUGGACGACUUUCAGAACUAUCUGCGUGUGGCCCUACAGGAAGUAGACACCGGCUGCACGGCCAAAACCCUGAUGGUCCAGCCGUACACCACCACCGAGGAGGUCUGCUCGCUCUGCGCCUACAAAUUCAAGAUCCCGGACCCUGGCGCCUAUGCACUGUUCCUGGUCAUUGAGGGCACCCGCCAGCAGCUUGCCCCGGACACACACCCUCAGCGAAUCAAAGCAGAGCUCCACGGCCGGCCCUGUGCACACACCUUCCACUUUGUCUACAGGAGGAUACCAAACCUUAACCUCUUUAUCCCGGCCAUCAUGGACAAUGGAAACUGUAUACAAGUUGAAUAGAGCAGGAUAAUGAUCCUGAACUAUAGUAUUCUGGUGGUGCUUAUAGAGGACUGUUUUGUAGUUAGAUUUGAGGACUUCUUAAUGGAAACCAAACUGUAUGUCGCAGUCAACGUGUGGAAGUGAUCUUGGGCAAGAAACUUAAAGGGGAACUAUUAUGCUUAUUUAGGUUUGCACUUUUAGCCUUUAGCCACAAACCGGUAUAACACACUACAGGAAAAUCCCUGGGUUCCCUCCAGAGGGAGUUUCUCUCCCACACACUCUCCCCCACAUGACUACAUAACACUCGUGCUUCUAUUGGCUAGCCCUCCAAUGCAUUGGAUGUGUGGAGCGGGACAUCUCUAAGCAGUUGACCAAUCACAACAGAGCCAGCCAGCUAACCAAUCAGAGCAGACUGGACUCU